AUGGUUCUCACUCCCGGUAAGCUUAAUCUUUCGUUCUUUGCUGCCGCUCUCUCCAACGCUCGCGCUGGCCUGCGGCCUGCCCCAAAGACGUCAAUCCGAAAACUGGCGGUCGCAGUGGCUGAGGAUAUUCCUGAUCACUCUCGAACUUCCGUUGAAGCCUUAAAUAUUGCUACAUACAAGAUAUUACCAGGUGACGCUAACAAGGGUGCUGACAUCUUCAAGAAAAGAUGUAAGCAGUGUCACACUGUUGAGGCAGCCGGCAAUAACGGCACAGGCCCCAAUCUUCAUGGUUUGUUCGGCCGCAAAUCGGGUUCAGUUCCCGGCUUUAGCUACAGUGAUGCCAACAAAAACGCCGGCAUUACGUGGAAUGAGGACACUCUGUUCGGCUUUCUCGAGAACCCAAAGAAGUUCAUGCCUGGUAACAAGAUGGCCUUUGCUGGUCUUAAGAAGGGCAAUGAGAGGAGCGACCUGAUCGCCUACCUCAAGAAGUCCACCUCUUGA